UUCAGUUAUCUACGAUUAUGAGAGAAAAUUCGAAUUAUAAUCUCAAUUAAUUUGAAGGAGUAAACAGUUAUACCUUCCAUCACAACACCGGUCAUUGGAGAGAAUACUUGAAUAAUUUUGAAUUUUGGAUUUUAAUAAAAUAUUUUUACAAUGUCGACCCACAAAUCACCAAUAACAAUGGAUGUUGUGUUUCCCGAGUUCAGACCAUGUGAAUCAGAUUCAGAGCAGAUGGAUAGCGAUCUGGAAUACUUGCAGCCUGUGUUGAAUACACCAACUCAGCAUUAUGGCUAUGUCAAAACCAUCUGGGUGUCAGUCUCAUACAUUUUCUUAACGGUAAUACUGGAAAUAAUAGCAGUGACCGUCUAUGUGAACUGGCCUUCCAAUUCAGUUCAGUGUGAACCACUCUUCUACUUCCUUUACGGUCAUGCAGCUUUUUGGAUUUUAACAGUAAUAUUCGAUCAUUAUUUGAAAUGGCGCCACCACAGUCUCUACCUCAAUGGAUAUUUGGAUUUCUCGGAGCAGUUGAAGAAAAUAUCUUCUUUCCCUCUGCAAAUCAUAUCACUAUGGAAUGCAGUGUUAUUGGCUGUAGUAGCAUGGUAUCAUCAGACUACAGAUGAACUGGAGAAAGCUUGUAGUGAGACUCUGAUGAGAAGUCCCGUGGGUGGAGUCUUGACAUUGAUAUCAAUUGAAGCAGUUCUACUUAUUGUUCUCGUUGCAAAUUAUUUGUAUAAGGUCUACCAUUUCAAUUCUGGUAGAAGACUACCAGAUGUUGAAAUCUCCAGUGAUUGGGCUCCUCUGCACACAUUUGUUUCUGACGAAUUGGGAUUCAAGGAAAGCAUAAACGGAGUUGAGGAUCUACUUCUGAAACAAGCGAAUCGAAUUCGUUUCUACAAAAAUGAAAGUGAGGCUCUGAAAAGAAAAAUUGCAACCCUCAGCAAUUUCCAAAGUGAAGCAAUCAACUGAAAUAUCUCAGUACCAAUAAUUAUCAUAAUGUAAUAUGAUAUUCAAUGUGCCUUUGAAUUUUAUCUAGAUACGUUCUCUGUAAUCAAAUUUUAACACAAAGAUAACUUUUCCUAAUUGUUUCCUCUUGUUGAUGCUGUCAUUGGUAUUCAAUUGUAAAUAUAUAUUUUGUAUUGAGUAUCAUUUAGGUUUUUAUUUAAAUUACGAAAAAUGCAAAAUUUUGUGAUUGUGAUACUAAUUUAUGCGUUUGUAAAUAAAUGGUAUUCGA